AUGAAUCAGACCCAAGGCUCCCAACGCAGCCCUACCCAAGAACCUGAGCGUACACAGCCAAACCAGCCGGAGCACUCCCACCACAAUGUCCCAACCCAGCCUAGGUCCAGCAAGGGUAAAGGCCCCCUCUAUCCGGAAACGACCAAGUUGCGGCUUCUCCGCAUCUCCUCGCCAAGGAACCGACCCCAUGAACCAACAAAGGUCUAUAGGGAUUGCAGGGACCAUAUCCUAGACCGUCAAACGGAACCCCCUCUUAUCUCUGUUAAUCUCCAAGACCCAAAGAUGAAACACCUAGCCCCCCCGCCAAGGCCUACCCAACUACCCCUUGGAGAAGGUAUCGGGGACUUGGAGAAUUGGGGACAGGAUUACUUAGAAGACUACGAGUCUUAUCACACUGAGGCAUCCGAAGAAUUCUACCCAGCCCAUGGCCACCCACACACCAGACCUCCAGCACCCGAGAUUCUCCCUCAUACUGACCCGGCAAUGAGGCUUCUCUUCGAGAAAGUCCGGCGCCUGGAGAACGAACAUCAGCGCAACCACCAACCCCUCUGGGCAAAGCCACGACCUGGGCCCUUUACCGAACGCAUCCUUAAUUACCACCAGGAGAAGGACAUCCAGCCACUCCGCAUCGCCUUCUACACUGGCACAGAGGAUCCUUUCACCCACAUACAUUCUUUCCAGUCUGCCCUGGGGUGCAAGGGCCUCACUGACGAAGGCAUGUGCCUCAUCUUCCCUUCCACUCUCAGUGGCGCGGCCCUGAACUGGUUUUACAGGCUGAACCCCCGCACCAUCAACACAUUUGACAGUUUGAAACAGGCCUUCCUGGACCAUUUCAUGAUCCAGACCGAUCGCCUCUACUCCGCGGACGACUUAUACAUGCUUAGACAGGGUGAGGACGAGCCCCUUCGGGAGUAUGCAGCCAGGUUCAGCCACGAAUACUCCCGCUGCCCAAAUACUGAUGAUCGUGCCGCCUUCGGUGCUUUCAAGAGUGGCCUCCGAGAGUCCAACUUUCGGUACCUAGUCCACAGCAACCCUUGGAACACAUAUGCCGAGCUGAUGAAGCAGACAACAGUUUAUGCCAAGGCUGAGUACUUCAACUCCAAGCGCAGCCCAGCCACCUCGGCGCAUAAUCCUUUUGCUAAUCCUCCACCUGCUUCGGUACCCAUCCCAGCUCCACCUCAACAUUCUGCCCCUACACCAAGCACCCAGGGUGCCCAGCACCCCAAGAGGAAGGAUAGCUACCAGCAUACCUUCAACAAUAACAAGCGGCAGACAUGGGAACCACCACCAGUCUUCACCACCCUCAACACUACCUAUGAGAAUGUCCUAGUGCACGAGGCACCUAUCAUACCUCAGCCUCCACCCCGGAAACCAGGCAGCAAGCCUAUGCCUAACACAGGAGUCUUCUGUCGCUUUCAUCAGUUCGGUGGCCAUGAUACCGAAUCUUGUGUUGCCUUGCGCAACAUCAUUGAGGGACUUAUUCCCGAGGGGAAGCUGGAUAAAUACGUGCACAACCUCCCACCCCCACCUAACCCUCACCAACGGCAGAACAACAUGAUCUCAACCAUCAGUGGUGGCCCAACCAUGGCUGGAACUUCCAACAACUCCAUCAAACAUUAUGUUCGCUCCACCUAUGCGCACCAGCCUAUCGGGAGCAUUCAUCUCCCUAUCUCUAUUGGAGUAGCACCCCAGCGAACGACGGUCACCACUCCCUUCCUCAUUAUUGAUUGCCCCACAGCCUACAACGUUAUCCUGGGACGCCCUGCCAUGGCCCAGAUGAAGAUUUUCAUUUCCACACAUAUGUUACUGUUGAAAUUCCCUACGCCCCAUGGCACGGUGCACGGCGAUCAACUUGGCGCCCGAAGCUGCUAUGCUUCGGCAGUAAAGUCUACCAAUCGCCAACAUAGGGGUGAGGCCCUAGCGGUAACCCAGACCCUAGCCCCACCUCGAGCUGGCACUGAGCGCCCAGAAGACCCCAGGGAGGAAUCUGCCACCCAACAGGCCGAACCUGUGAAGGACCUUGAACUGGUCACUCUCCAUGAGGAUAUCCCGGAUCGACAGGUCAGGAUCGGCACCUCCCUCUCACAAGAGCUUCGCUCUGAUCUUAUUGUCUUCCUCCGCCUCAACUCUAAAGUCUUUGCUUGGUCUUACAACGAUAUGCCAGGCAUAUCACCUGACGUCAUCUCCCAUAGGCUAAGCAUUAAUCCUGUCGUCCGACCCGUUCGGCAGAAGCGUCGUGCUUAUGACCCAGAGCGGUAUGAGGCCAUGAAGGCGGAGGUGGAUAAGCUGAGCACCAUUGGAUUCAUCAAGGAGGUGGAUUAUCCCACAUGGCUAGCCAAUGUGGAAGACGACUGCAUAAUCAAGCAAGUAGACCCGGUGCUAAAAGAUUGUCUGUUCUUGCAAAGUUCUUACCAGGGUGAGUUAUACUGUGAAAACUCACUUCCAGAUCUUCAUGUAGAGAGUACCUUACAAUUACCUUUUGGCCAGAGGAAAGCCAAUACUCAGUUGAGUGAUUGUGGCAAAUCCAAUCAAGCACGGAGAAACUCAAUGGCGAAUCAAGUCAAGCAAGGAGGAGCUGAAUGGCAGUUAAUGGUGAACAGCUAG